AUGGAGGAUGAGAGUUUAGUAAGCGUUGACCAGUUUUUACGGGAUAAUGGCUUUAGUAUCUCUGACUCAGCCCUCGAACUUGCAUCUCUAAGUGAUGAUGAAGUACUAAGUGAUGCAGAUGAGCGUGAACCACCGCGUUUUGUAUUACUUGAAGAUGAAGAUUUAUUACUUGGUCGAGACCGCGAACGACUUAGUGGAGAUAGAACGAGUGAACGACCCGAAAGUGACGACAUAGGAAGAGCACGACAAGUGCAGAAUGAAUCUUUUGAUAGGUCGAUGCUCUUUGAUGGGUCAAGACUUUCGCUAUUAAGUCAUACAACUCCUAUAAGUGAUACAAGAGAUCAUGAUACAUUAUCGGUGCCACCUUCUCUAGCUUCUUCGUCAUCUGUACUUGAGUUACAGGGUAUGGAAAUUUCAACUUCUUCGUUAUUUGCUUCAGAUUAUCAAAUGACACCAGAACAAGAAGUAGAAGGUGUAACUAUGGUAUCGGCUGCUUCUUCGACAUCUCAUCCACCAUCUUUAAUCAAUUCAGAAUCUUCAAAUGCAUCCAGUAAAGAAUUGGAUGAGGAAUUAAGUGAUGCGUUGGGAGUUCUUCGAUCGUCUGUAAUUAAUGAGAAAGAUCAGAAUUUGAUUUCAAGAAACGAAACGGAAGAACAGAACCAACCGGAAAAUAAAGAACAUGAUCACUAUUCUCAUUUGCUUAAGACGACAAAUACAGAGAUUGCAAGUAAAAAAGAUAAGGAUUCAAUUUGUUCUGACAAAAAUGAUGGUGCGAGUUUGAUUCAAGUGUCUGAUGAUAUUGUGAGAUCGUCCAGAGAAGGUUGUGAUGAGACUGAUUAUGUGUUGCUUUCACACGAAGUGGAAGAAACGAAAGAGAAACAUGAAAAUGAUGUCGACAAUAUUGAUCGUUACGAGCGUAAUGUAUUUGAUGAAGGUGCAUGGAAUGGAUUGAAUGAUCUGCUUCGGAAAAAUGGUUUACCCGCUGUGCAAUUCCGUCGCAGUAGAUUGGAAGAAAAUGUGCCUGACAAAGAGUCUUUGUUUAUUCUCAUUCAUGACGUUGCCGCUCAAUUAGAACAAAAGAAUGAGACGAUUCAAGAUUUGUUGUUGGCAUCGAAACGCAACUCAAGGGCUCAACACAGAAAAGAGGGAGAUCUGCAAAGCUUAGAAAAGCAAAAAGUAGAUGUUCAAAACGCGUUGGAAAGAGCGAAAGCUGAAAUUCAACGCUUAAAGACAAGCCAGAAAAAGGAGAGCGAAAAUGCUGAAGUUUUGUCGAAAAAGCUCAAAAAUUCGUGUUUGCGCUUACAACAGCAGCUUAAAGUAAGUGAACACCGCGUGAAAGCCAAAGAGGUUUUGGUGGAGAGAAUGCAGGCGAAAUUACAGCAACAAAUUGAUAAAGACAACAUGAAUAAGUUACGAGAUCGACGAGCUUUUCGUAAUUUACAAGAUCGAGAUCCACGACGCGCAAAUUCGCGUGAUACUGAAGCACUUGAAACAAUUAGUGGAUAUGAAGCACAACGAGAACAUAUGCAUGAAGAGAUUCAAUUCUUAAAAGCUCAGGUGGCUGCACUGAACAGUGAACUUCGAGAUAAAGAGAACUUUAUAGCUCGACAAAGUCGUACAGCGCUGCAAAGUGAACCGCCAGUGUGGGAACAAGACUUUGAUGAGAAUCAGUAUCGCCAUCGUCCUGGAUCUUCAUUGUCUUCUGAUGAAAUGAUGCUUGAACAAUUGGAAGCUGCACGUCGAGAGCAGGAAGUCGUGGCUGCUAAGCUUCGACAUCGUGAAGCUGUAAUGAUCAAGAAAGUUGCAAUGAUUGAACAAGAAUUACUCACUGCCCAUGAAACAAUUGCUGAAUUAAAAGAAGAGAAUGCUAACUUGACGCUCGAGGCAGAGUCGCGUCCUAGUAUCCGCGACUACCGAUUAUGUCAGCGACGAAUUCAUGAGUUGGAACGUCAAGUGACUGAAAGUAAACUCGCAUUGGAUGAAGCUACUGAUCUCAAUGAGCUGCGAAAGUAUAUGGGAACCAAAGAGCUUGUUGAACGUGAUCGUUUGAAUCAUCGUUUACAUUUGAAUCGAUUGAACACGCUUCCACGUGAAACGAUGUUAGAGGUGGUCAAGCACGUAUGUCGUAUCCUCCAUCUGACAGACAUAACUCUCAUUGGUCCAAGUCUUGACAAACUUUGUGGCGUCGUGGCUGCAGUACCACGCAUGGAAAAGUUUAUUCGUGAUGUAUGUGGGUUUGUUUAUUUUAAUUUAAAUGAGAACACGGGAGAGCAUCCAAAUGAUCACUUUGAGCUGGAACAUGUGCUUCCAACAUUGCAACAGUGGAUGGUUGAGCGACAGAAACUCCAUGCUUUGGAAGGAUUUAAGGUCUCAAUUAUUACUGAGCUAUGCAAGCGUGCAAUUGAGCCAAAUCUUUUGGAAGAUAAUAAUCGGGAGAGUUCUAUUAGCCGCCCAACGACGCUUUCUCGCGCUAUUCAGAUCGUUGCAGAGCUGGUUGAACUAGAGAAGAGUGUAAUUCAUCAUCGGGAAAUCUAUGCUCAAGCUGCGGUUGAAGUGGAGCGCCGACCAAAUGUGUUGAUUAACCAAAUUGUAAGACACUUUUCACACCUGUUUCAAGUUAAGGCGAUCGAUGGUGUCCUUCCGAAAAUUAAUGAAACGUAUUUGUUCAUUAAUGAAAUGAAGAAUUUCUCACGAGUGAUUGGCGAUCUUCUCCACUUAGAAAAGAAUACAUCAUUAAUACAAAGGUUAAACAUUAUCAAGGAGCGGCUAGAAGAGAAAGAAGUGGAAUUGAAUACGCAUCAUGCUGAGGAAGAUAUGCACGGAAACAAGACGCUUAAUUUUGUUGUUGAAAAGCGUCGAUCUCAAUCGAAUCUUUCUGGUGAUACAAAUCUUGUUGGUGUUCAACAAGUCCGUGAAAUGAGUAUUUUAAUACGUGAGCUUAAGCGUGAAUUGGGUGCUGCAUCAAUGAAAGAGAUUUUGCCGAGAACGAAGCGAUUGAUGGAACUUUUGAGUCUUUCUAUUCAUAAUGAACCCGAAGAUGAAGUGGAUGAUUGA